CGGGCCGGCAGGCGUGCGGCGGGGAACGUGCCGGAGGCCGUAGGUCCCCUGCCCCUGGGAGCGAGGUCCGGACUUCCGAGUGCUAGAGCAGCGGCAGCGCGGCGCGGGCGGGGCGCGCUCCCCGGCCCCUCUAGCCCCGUGGAGCUUCGCGCUGUGGACGUCGCGCCCUGUGAUGUCAGGAGGACGCCUAGGGUCUUGAACCUCCAUCUGGAACCUGGAAGAGGCAGCGUCUCGGGCCAAUGCUGAGCGCUUUCUUCUCGCCCCGCCCGCAGAGCUGAACCCAGCCCGGGCUCUGGAUCCGCGUGGUGCUGACCCUGCUUCCGUCCUCACCGCGUUCUCGCUCCAGGCGCCACCGACCGGACCCCGAUGCCAGGCGUUUCCGCCCGGGGCCUCUCUCUCGAGGAGAGGAGGCAGCUAGCUGUGAAUCUCACCCGGGUGCUGUCUCUCUACCGUUCCAUCCUGGACGCCUACAUCAUCGAAUUUUUUACAGAUAACCUGUGGGGCACACUCCCUUGCUCAUGGCAGGAAGCAUUGGAUGGACUGAACCCACCACAACUGGCCACACAGCUGCUGGGGAUGCCUGGGGAAGGGGAAGUGCUCAGGUACAGGUCAGUGUGGCCACUCACCCUGCUGGCCCUGAAGUCCACAGCCUGUGCCUUGGCCUUUACCCGGACACCUAAGUUUCAGGCCCCCUCAGAGUUUCGGGAGAACCCCAGCCAGAGCUCCCGACUUAAAGCUCCAUUCCGAAAACAUGUCAGGCCCAAGAAGCAGCAUGAGAUCCGGCGGCUGGGAGAGUUGGUGAAAAAGCUGAGUGACCUCACAGGCUGCACCCAGGUUGUGGAUGUAGGCUCAGGCCAGGGCCAUCUCUCCCGCUUCAUGUCUCUGGGGCUAGGGCUGAAGGUGAAGAGCAUCGAAGGGGAUCAGAGGCUGGUGGAGAGAGCCCAGCACCUGGACCAGGAGCUCCUGCAGACUCUGGGAAAAGAGGAGAAGAGGAACCCGCAGGUGGUGCAAAUGCACUCUCACCGCUCCCCGCACCAUGUGGCCCAGUGGGUAGACCCUAGGACCCUGUGUGAGGAGGUUCUGCUUCCGCUGGAGACCUCCCCUCAGGGUGAGGCCCGCUUGCUGCUGACAGGCCUCCAUGCCUGUGGGGACCUGAGCGUCGCCUUGCUGAGGCACUUCUCCUCCUGCCCUGAGGUGGUGGCCCUGGCCUCAGUGGGCUGCUGCUACAUGAAGCUGAGUGACCCUGGCGGCUACCCACUGAGUCAGUGGGUGGCCGCGCUGCCUGGCUAUGAACUGUCCUACAGGCUGCGGGAGGGGGCCUGCCAUGCCCUGGAGGAAUACGCCGAGAGGCUACAGAAAGCAGGGCCUGGCCUCCGAACCCACUGCUACCGGGCAGCACUGGAGACGGUCAUCCGGCACGUCCAGCCCAAGCUCCGUCGGCCAGGCGUGCAGGGGAUCCCCAGGGUCCACGAGCUCAAGAUUGAAGAAUACGUGCAGCGGGGGCUGCAGCGGGUGGGGCUGGACCCCCAGCUGCCACUGAACCUGGCUGCUCUCCAGGCCCACCAGGCCCAGGAGAACCGCGUGGUAGCUUUCUUCAGCCUGGCCCUGCUGCUGGCCCCACUGGUGGAGACACUGAUUCUACUGGACCGGCUGCUGUUCCUUCAGGAGCAGGGCUUCCAUUCUGAGCUCCUGCCCAUCUUCAGCCCUGAACUCUCUCCCAGAAACCUGGUUUUGGUGGCUACCAAGAGGCCCCUGGGUCAGGCCUUCUCUGUUCUAGAGACUGAAGACACUGCUGCACUCUGAGGAAAGGUGCAUCUUGGACCCCAUCUGAAACCACCCAGGUGCCACAGUGGGUCCUCACCCAGAGAAGCAGCAUCCCGCAUCCUCCCCAGAAUCAUGGUGUCCCACAGACCUUUAGCUUCGUACUCUCUCUCCCUCCAUGUGUUAUGUAAUAUUAUGUAAAAACUUAUUUUUAAUUUAUUAAAAAUUUAAAAUCUU